AUGGAUAUUAAAUCACUUUUUGGAAUUAGUGGUAAAAAAGUAUUGAUAACUGGUGGUUCAAGGGGAAUCGGUUUGAUGAUAGCUGAAGGAUUUGUAUCUAAUGGAGCUAAAGUUUAUAUAUCUUCAAGAUCUUCAGAUGUUUGUGACAAAGUUGCAAAGGAAUUAACUGCUCAAGGUGAAGCAAUUAGUUUACCAGCAAAUUUACAAGAAUUGAGUGAAGUCAAAAGAUUAGUUUCAGAAAUUGAGAAAAUAGAAAAUGGAAAGUUAGAUAUAUUAAUUAAUAAUGCAGGAGUAGCUUGGGCUCAAAAUUUUGAUGAAUAUACUGAUAAAGCCUUUGAAAAAGUGAUGAAUUUGAACCUUAAAAGAAUCUUUGAUUUAACUCAAGUUGCCAUGCCAUUAUUAGAAAAUGCUGCCACGCCAGAAGAUCCUUCAAGAGUCCCACUUGCAGAAGCAUAUGCCUAUGCUGCAUCCAAAGCAGCACUAAUCCAUUUAACUCGAGUCAUGGCUGGACAUUUAUCAAAUCGUAAUGUGACAUUUAAUUGUGUGCUACCAGGUCCAUUCGAGUCAAAGAUGACAAAAAAAUUUCUUGAUGCUAAUAAAAAAUUGAUGAUCUCAAAUAUACCAUUGGGCAGAAUUGGUAGAUCGGAAGAUGUUGCUGGCACAUGUAUUUAUUUGGCGAGUAAAGCUGGUGCAUUUACUAAUGGUGCAUUGGUAACUAUUGAUGGUGGUAAUCUUUGCAAACCUAAAUUGUAA